CCGCUUUAGAUGUGAACCGAUUCAACGGAUUCACUAGAGAUGAUUCGACUCAAAAGAAAAAAAAAAAAAGAAACGGAAUCCUGAGGUCGGGACCCAGUCGACCAAUCAGAGACUGUGUUUGUGAGAGCGCUGAGACGCGAAAAACCACAGCAGCAAAUGCACUCAUUUUGUAGUUGACUGUGACCGUGUCGUCCCAUAUCACUGAAGAGGGGAUGCGGGUGACCUUCACGUACUACAAGAGAUGAGAUUUUAUUUCUGUACAUGUGAAUAAAAUCACACACGUCGAGGUUUCUUAAGGGGGGAAAUGGUUCAAGAGAGAAAGAGGAAGUGUUUUACCCUUUUGAGGAUCUCAACAGGAAAUCUCAGUCUGUCAAGACAGGAGCCUCUGCACAUUUACUCAGUGAAUAUGUCUGCCUGACAUGUUAAACCUAUAAGCUUUCCAUACAGACAAAAGGAGUCACUAUCAGUGUUUUAAACAUGGCAGCAGAUCUGGCCUUAGUCACUGUUCUCAUCCAGCUUCUUGUUGAUUUGGUGACAAGUGACAGCAUUGACUUCUACAAUAUCAUGCCUGCUGCAGAAGCCACCCCAUACCCCAAGAGUUUCAAGUGCUUCACAUGUGAGCAGGCCUCAGACAAUUACAGCUGUAACCGCUGGGCAGAAGAUGUGUGGUGUCCUCAGAAUACCCAGUACUGCAUGACAAUACACCACUUCAACCAUCAUGGAAAGACAAAAUUUGUUACUAAAAGAUGUGCAGUGUAUGAAGAAUGCAAGUUAGCUGGCUGUAGACAUCACAAAAACACACACCAUGAAUGCAUAUCUUGCUGUGAAGGGAUGGUUUGCAACGUAGAGCCGCCGACCAAUCACAGUAAUGCAGUGUUUACCCAAAGACAAACCCACAGCUCAGCAGCACCCUCUUUCAGGAUCUGGGAUUCUGUGAUUCUGCUGGUCCCAGUUCUCACCGGACUGUUACCGUUGUGAUCCUCAAUCAUAUAAAUGUGUUCGGUGAUGAACAGCUCUACAAAUCAUUGAGACAAAGGAGACGUCAUCCACACUGCAGUAUUAAUAUAGUCAGAUGGAUGUUUCCAUUAAGGCAACUUUAAUAUCAUGCAGAAGAAAGCUAGCAUUCCCAUUCAUCCCAUUGGCAGGAUGUUGCAGGAUUGCAAGAAUGUGAUUUGCCAUCUUUGCAGAUGGGCUCACAGAUGUUUUUAUGACUGAUCAGUGACUAAUCAGCCUGGAGCCGCAGGAAAAAUUACAUCAUGGUUUGGCUGAUUGGUUAAUGUGCCACAAGAAAAAGAAGAUCACUCACUAGUGACGGUCCGGAGCUGUGAUAUAAGUCAAUUUCAUACUUGUCGUCUUCCUUCAAAAACAGUUGGACACUGAUACAUAAUCUACUAUAAUAGAAUGAAAUAUUUGUGCCUUAGAUGUUGCUUGCAAAUGUUUUUAUUCUUUCAGAAAACAAAAUGACGUUUGAAUGUCCGUCAGUGAAGAAGGACGCAUUUUGCAGCCUAUACGGUGUAGUUAUGGCAUACCAGCAUGGGCUAACUAAUGUGACUGUGCUAAUCAGCAAAACCAUAACUCUUUGGUGGAUUCUGUGAAGAGACGGCUUGUCGGCCAGUGACGGAGGAACUGUGUGCACAGGAAGUUGCAGUGUCAGGAAGGUCUUUCAAUGGAAUACUAGUGCCGCUUGUGAUGACUGCUUACUAAUGACGUGCUAAAUAGGACAGAGAAACAGACGGGUAGCUAAAUAGAAUUUAGCAGCUAAAGCAGUGGAAUUAACUUAUGCUGCCUCACUGGAUUUGUACUGAGCAAACUGAGGCUCACAGACUGAGCGUUAGAAGUCCCUAUGUGGGAUGGUCCUGUGGCUCUGGUCCCAGAUUCUGUCACACAGGCCGAGCACAGCAAUGAGAGGACGUGGGAUGUGUUGUUCUAGUUUUCUAAAUGGUGCGAAUAUCUCUAAAAGGGAUCUUGACUGCUGCAUAAAUGACACUGCUUUAACAACAUGGACCUGCAAAAUUGUAAAAGCAAUUAACAAAUUAAGUUACAACUUAUAAAACAAAUUAUAUUUUGAGUUAUUCUGACUUGACUAUUGCAAAUGCUGACAUGUUUUAUUGUCCCCCAAAAAAAUAGAAAUAAAAAUGUUACCAUAUUUAACUAAUCAUAAUGUGUCCAUGCACAAUAUUCUAUUAUAUUCAUUUAUUAUCAAUAAUCUAUUCAUUUUGUAUGCUACUAAUAUUUCCCUAAAUGAAAAUUCAUCUGUUUUCUAAAUGCAUUUUUUCUUAUUGUGAACGAUUCAUCUGUUCGUUUAAAAAAAAAUGUUUAAUCAAAAUGUCAUAAACUGUGCCACCAUCCUACAUUUGACUGCAAGUUCACAUUUAGCCGAUCUGCCUCCAUCCAAUCAACAACCGAUGGAUAGAACAGAGUUCCCACCCUACAUUUUUUGUUUCUUAUUCGAUAUUCCAUUUCACUCGGUUGCACUUCACAAUACUGAAGAAAGGAUCUGUCACUACUUUCAUUUGUUCCAUCAAGACUUUAAAAAUUUUAAUUAAAACUAAUAUAAGCAACCUUUUUUAUAUAAUUUUUACAAUUGCAAUUUCUGUUCAUCUUUACAUUACCAAAAAUCUAGAGUGUGUGUGUAAAAAAAAAAAAAAAAAAAUAUGCUAAUGUACAAACCUUACAGUACGGCUGUGUUCCUUCCCAUGAAGGUUGAAGUGAGUUAUGAUAAAUACUCUUGUUUACUUUCAUUGGAUUGAUUGAGUGUGUAGACAGUUUCUCAUCUCUUUAAUCUAUAACAUACCGCUGUGCUUUUUAAAUGUGAGCAGCAGGGCUACGUUUUUAAAAUUCCUUCCCCACUGAUCUGAGAACAGUUUCUGUCUUUUCACAUGAGAAGGCUCAUGUUUAAAUUUGGAGCAGGGAGCUGAGCCUCGAACAGCACAAAAGAGCAGCUUCCCUCCAGAGCUCAGAGAAGAAUAAAAACAUUCCCAAAAGGAUCUCAGUGUGGGACACAAAGCCGUGGACCAUUAAUAUCAUUGCUGUCUGGAAUAAUGAGGGAGGGGGGGGGUUCUCUCUUAACCAAACAUGACAUAUGGUUCUUCCUCCAAAAGUGUUGCAGAGGAAAUGAGAUUUGGUUUCUGUGUAGCUGCUUCACUGACUUAUGAAGUUUGUGCGUGUGUGCGUGUGUGUGUCCCUGCACCGCUGACUGUCUCGCCGUGUGUGCUGUUUGCUCUGGCUGCUGGCUGUCUUUGUUCUGGUUUUAUUAGGCGUGGAGUUGGAGUCUGUCACUUUCAGUCUUUGGAGAGUCAUUUAUCUCCCAUUGAGAAAAACUGUAUCAGUGCUGCUGCUCUCAUCUGCACUGCCAGUGUCUUAAGUAUUCAGAACCCAGUCUGUGCUCAUGGCUCUUAUCCAUCCAGAUACUUUACUGUGAGCAUGUUAGCCGACAAAAAGACAUCAUGAUAAAAAAAUCUAAUUAAAAAAAAUACUAUAACAGCAUUCUUUAUUAUAAAGUGGAGUCCACAUUUGAAAUCUUUUCAAAAUCUAAUUUCAAUCUGGGGGAAAAUGAAAUAAAAUGUUAUGGCUUAAAAA